CGCCAGACUAACCCACCAUUCUUUCGCCAACGACGUUCUGACAUUUCACGCGCAAACUCAGUACAUCCGCAUUCUUAGACAAUUUUCCGCUGUGUGAACCUCUUGCUCUGGGCCAUCAAAGCCCGAAAGCCCUCGCAACCCUGUCCUGAGGGAUCAGGACGCCAACGUCCCCGACCGAUCGCCCACGCAAUCACCUCAAACCCACCCCCUCCUCACCUUCCCCUACACAAUGGACGUCGUUCCCUCCACAUCACCCGAUGAGGCUGUGCGCCUCUCUGCAAAGCGAACCGCGGAGCUUUUCGGUCCCGACUACCUCAUGGUCACCCCCUCGGUCGUCAACGGCUCCAUUGGUCUUUCCUACCGACGCAAAGCAGAAUACGACGACGUCAAAGAACUGCCCCCCGCGCUCGCUGCGAAGCAAGCCGCGGCGGCGGCCGCUGCCAGCGGACGCGCCAAAAGACCCAAGAUCCAAGCUCAAACAAAAGCCUCGGCCGCAGACGGCAGCGGCGCGUCAAUGGCGCUGGUCAAGAAAGCCCCCGGGCCGGCGGCGGGCGGUGUUGGUGGCGAGAACGAACCCAAGAGCCUGAUCCAGCGACCAUCGGCGACGCGACAACAGAGACCCGACUGGCAUGCGCCUUGGAAGCUCAUGCGCGUGAUAUCCGGCCAUCUGGGCUGGGUGCGCAGCUUGGCCGUCGAGCCCAACAACGAAUGGUUCGCCAGUGGUGCGGGUGACCGGACGAUCAAGAUCUGGAAUCUGGCGACUGGUGCCCUCCGUCUCACCCUCACCGGACACAUCUCCACGGUGCGCGGUCUGGCAGUCUCUCCGCGCCACCCGUACCUCUUCUCCUGCGGCGAGGACAAGAUGGUGAAGUGCUGGGACCUCGAAACCAAUAAGGUCAUCCGCCACUACCACGGCCACCUGAGCGGCGUGUACACCCUGGCCCUGCACCCGCGCUUGGAUCUCCUCGUCACCGGCGGCCGGGACGGCGUGGCCCGUGUCUGGGACAUGCGCACGCGCAGCAACAUCCACGUACUCUCCGGCCACCGCGGCACCGUUGCCGACGUCAAAUGCCAGGAGGCCGACCCGCAGAUCAUCACGGGCUCCCUCGACUCCACUGUGCGCCUCUGGGACCUGGCGGCCGGCAAGUCGAUGGGCGUGCUGACGCACCACAAAAAGGGCGUCCGCAACAUCGUCACCCACCCGCGCGAGUUCACCUUCGCCAGCGCCAGCACCGGCUCCAUCAAGCAGUGGAAGUGCCCCGAGGGCGAGUUCAUGCAGAACUUCGAGGGUCACAACGCCGUCAUCAACACCCUCGCCGCCAACGAGGACAACGUUCUCUUCUCCGGCGGCGACAACGGCUCCAUGUGCUUCUGGGACUGGAAGACCGGCUAUCAGUUCCAGAGCAUCGACUCCAUCGCCCAGCCCGGUUCCCUCGAGGCUGAGGCCGGCAUCAUGUCCUCGACCUUCGAUCGCACAGGCCUCCGUUUGAUCACCGGCGAAGCCGACAAGACGAUCAAGAUCUGGAAGCAGGACGACGAGGCCACCCCGGAAUCGCAUCCGGUCACCUGGGCGCCGACUCUAGGUCGGCAGAGAUAUUAGUUUCGUUUAUCCCUGGCCCUGGCAAAAUCCAUUCCCUCACGCGUCCCAGGUGGUUUUUUCUUCCUUCCUUCUUUCUUCCUCCAUAUAGUCACCUCCCCGUUGGGAAAAUACCCCUUCUCCAAUUCCAGCCUCCAAUGCCUCUGUGAAUAUAUCCCAUUCACGAGUACGACAAACCUUUUUUACUCUUUUCCCUCUCUCCCUUGUUCUCUCUUUUCUUUUUUACUUUUUUAUCACGGCCAUCAAAUCCAGGCCCGGUUGCAGAUCCCAUACUUGUUUCGUGUUCCGGAGUUCAGCGUUGUGGCUUGAAUGUUUACUGUCCCGGUAUACUGCGGAAUUAUCUAGAUCUUCACAUGUUUCUCAAAAUGGUUGUUCGGAGGUUCGGUUGUUCGCGGGCCAACCACGCACUGGGUGUACUAUAGAGUGAAUAAGCCUCAUGAGAUUGUAUUCGUC